AUGGCGGUAAAGCAACACAUUAAGAAGAGGCCCCUGUCUAAGGGGAGUGAUGUGAACUCUCCCAGCAACACAGACAGUUCUUCUGAUAGAUGCCCUCCUGAGGAGGAUGUGGCUGCUAAAUCAACCAGAUCCCAGAGUGAGGAGAAUGAGAACCACCAAUGUAAGAAGAGGCACCUAUCACUGUCUGAGGGAGGGGAUCCUGAUGAUGUGAACCCUUCCACCAACACAAACAUUUUAUCGAACGGAGGGCCUCCUGAGGAGGAUAUGGAUGCCAAUUCAACCAGUAAGGGGAUUGAGAUCCCGCAGAGAGGAAGCCCCAGUCCUGCAAACAUCAACUUUCCAGACCAGUCAAUGGACCUCCCAAAUCAAGUUGAAAACAAAUUACGUGAUACAUUUUACCUUCUACAAACAAAAGAUUGCAUUUAUCUUAAAAUUACAUGGGCAUUCUUAACUGGUGAUGUGUUUGUUGCAAUUCCGGAACCUAACAAUAUAGAGAAUAUGGAAAACAAACCUCCAAUAAUUAGUCAUACCAAAGAGUUACUUCUUGAGGAAACAAAAAUAAUGUUGGAAAACGAAGAGCAAUUGCAAAAUACAACAUUUUCUAUAUAUUCGCUCAACUCUCCUUUGCAAAUGAUAGGUCAUAAAAUAACAGAUUUAGCAGAACUGAACAAGUAUGGCAUAACAACGAUUUUUACGGACUGUCGGACGGAAAACCAAAACAUCCCAAAUCAUUUUGAAAACAUUUCUGAAUUUCUUGAUAAGUUCUACUCAUUGCAAACAAAGGGUUGCAAGCAAAAGUUUGAUACGCAACAUGCAUGGGCAUUUAUAGAGUCACCUUGUGGUGGAGAACCGGUUUUUGUUGGCUUUUUUAAAUUAGACGAUUGCAAGACGAUGGGUAAGGGGAAACAUUUAAAUAUUCAUACCGAAAAGUUACUUCUUGAGGAAGUAAAACAAAUAUUGAAAAACAAUGAGAAAUUGCGAAAUACUAAAUUGUUUAUCUAUACGCUCAAUUCUCCUUGUUUGCAAAAUUCCGGUCAUGAUUCAUGCAUGGAUUUACUGAUUAAGGAUUCAGCAGAACUGUACAAAUCUUAUGGUAUAAAAACUAUUGUUGGAUACAGCAAAUGGUACGGUUUGACUGGAAAGUUGACAACCUUUGUAGAUCCAUAUAUCAGCUCAUUCAAUCACUUUAAUUUGAUAAUCAGUAGUCCUUCUUAUGAAAACUAUUGUGACAAAUUUGCCAUUUUUAACACUGAGUAUAACAAUAAGAAAAGCCAUGACUCUAAAUCAAAUUUUAAAGACAGAGAACUUACCGAGCAACUUUAUAUGUCGAGUAAACAAUUUCUGCCCAACAACAUUUCAGAAGUAGCUUUCAGAUUGCAAACUGAUAAAGCCAUCCAUAGGCAUGUUACAAAGACAUUUAAGUCAAUUAGCAAUUACCAUAAAAAAGAUUUGAAAACCGAUAAGAAAAGUCUUGACCUACAUUUUUCCAUACCCCAUUUUGGAACUCUUAAUCAAUUCCAAAAAGUUGGAGAGUAUCUAGCUGAAAAAUUUGACUUGGUAAAAUACAUUGGUAAUAACUUAGAUCGAUCUAAAGUAAUAUUCAUAAAAUGGUGGACUAAAACAAUUGAGGACGAAUAUACUACUUUUCUUCGAGAAAACAUGAAUAGAUGUCUUAGUGAAUAUGAACACAGAAGCACAGUCCUCGGUCACAUCAAGAUUAACACUGCAGAAUAUUUACAGUUUUGUCACUUACCACUAAGCCCUUUCCACAAACUAUUUAAUUAAUACAUGCAUCUUAUUCAUUUGAGGUUGUGAGCUAAAGAUAAUUUAAUAUAUAUAUUUGAAUAAAUCAAAUUGUCACGACUUCCUCCGAAGUCGGUCCCUCUCCUUGUUUGGGCGACGUUCGGCAGUCGACGUCACCAGUCUUCUAGCCAUCGCCGAUCCACCUUUCAUUUUCCAUUUGUUUUGUCUUGUCUUCUGUUACGGAUACAGGUAUCCUGAGUGUGUAUCCUGUGUGUGUAUUUAUUUUCACUCCUUCUGGUGGCAAUCAUCAUUCCCCAAUCAGUCAUCAAUCAGAAGACACACCUCCUCCUGUUUCCAUUACCCAAUCACAUCCCCUUUCCCUUGGUUUAAAACCCAUUCAGUUGUUUUCUCUGGAGCUCAAUCUCUCUGUCAUGCUUUCUCUUGCUAUCUCUCUCUCUCUCUCUCUUUGAGCUCUCUUUGGUUUUUGCAACUACAUGUCACUUUGUCUGUUAUCCUGUGAGUAUUGUUUUGUUAUGGUGUUUGACUGUUUGUUUGAUGGUGGGAAAAGGAGGUACCAAGCCAAGUCGCUCAUGGGCAUACAUUACCUGUAGGAAUACUUUGUCUAAGAACACUAGUUAGAACUGGGCGGACCACCCGCUGUAUUUUUUGGUUAGUCAGUUAGCUGUAUUGAAGUAGGCUAGUCUAGCUUAGGGGUGUUUUUGGAUAUUUGUUUCUUUCCUUGGGUCCAGCUCAGCCCCUUUUCCCACCCCCCUUUACUGUGUGUUUCAAAAUAAACCAUGAGUGUUUGACGGUAAUUUAGUUGUCUGUGGUUUUUCAUUCUCACUGUUACUUUUUCACUACUAUACUUUGCAUGAGUUAUGUUACGGGUCUCGUUACCAUCCCCCCUAGACUGCCGGGUCAAAGGGAUUCGUAACAUCUUCCCACACACCUGGUUUCAAUUCCAUCAAUUAUAUGUGUAUUUAACCCUCUGUUCCCCACAUGUCCUUGUCUGGUAUUGUUUAUUGUAAGUGCACGUUAUGUCUGGGGUUUUUGUUUUUGUUCACGGUGAUUUUAUUCAUUAAACUGCGCUGUUGGAACA